UCCAGACCUUUUCCAGAUUUUAUUUGAGCUCAAAAUCAGAUUAAAAAUAUAAAAACCGUUUUUGCAAUAUGUUCGACUCCCAAUUACUUAUGCCUAAUAUUCAUGUUCUGAAGUCAAGUAGCGUCGAAUCGCUUUUCCAGACUUGGAAAUGAUGAAAUUCCGAUUCCACGGCGGAACCUGAACCGCUCACCUCAGGUAGGAACCAUUUUGGUAGUAUUUGUUUCCGUCGGAGAUGACGUAAAGCCACAUUGAAGAACGUCGUUUCCUAGGUAACCGCUACCUUCAUUGCUACCUGAGAAAUGGACGUUCAAGAACGAAGUAAGAGCAGAUAUAUUUUCUGUAGUAUUGUAAUUAAUUUUAAAUACAUUGUCGUUAAUUCGGAACACGGUAGUGUAAGUUUUUUACUCACGCGCUCAGCUAACGUAAGCUAGCCCGGGGGGCUACGCUAGAAGCUAGCUGACGUUGUUGUUAAAUAUAGAGAUAAACCUGUAAGGUGUGAGAGCACAGAGCACUGACGAAGUAAAGAUAAUAUGCAAUAUAUUGGUAUUUAAAAACACUUUAAUUGUUGACAAACUUAACGGACGCACAAAAUCCGGAUGUCCAGACCUUUUCCAGAUUUUAUUUGAGCUCAAAAUCAGAUUAAAAAUAUAAAAAACGUUUUUACAAUAUGUUCGACUCCUAGUUACUUGUGCUUAAUAUUCAUGUUCUGAAGUCAAGUAGCGUCCAAUCGCUUUUCCAGACUUGGGAAUGAUGAAAUUCCGAUUCCAGGGCGGAACCUGAACCGCUCACUUCAGGUAGGAACUAUUAUGCUUGUAUUUGUUUCCGUCGGAGAUGAACGUAAAGCCACAUUGAAGAACGUCGUUUCCUAGGUAACCAUUACCUUCAUUGCUACCUGAGAAAUGGACGUUCAAGAACGAACAGACGUUGCCUCCCUCCUGGACCCCGCCACAGGUGUGCAGAGCUGCGGCGAGAACAUUGUAGAAAUGGCUGACAUGGAAGACGAAACCUUUGCCAUUUCCAGUUCCUCUGCUGCAGACUCUGCUUUUGACUCUGUUAUCGGAUGCAUAGAGGACAUCAUCAUGGAGGAGGAGUUCCAACAGCUGCAGAGGAGCUUCAUGGAGAAACACUACCAGGAGUUUGAUAACACGGAAGAGAACAAGCUCAGCUACACGCCCAUCUUCAAUAACUAUGUGGAAGUGUUGGAGAAAUACGUGGAGCAGCAGCUGAUCAUGCGGAUCCCUGGCUUCAACAUGAGCACCUUCAUCGAGCUUCUCAUGCAGCACAAAGACGAGGUGGCGGGUGACAUAGUGGACAUCCUGCUGUCUUUUAUCGACUUCAUGGCCUUCAAGGAGAUGGUUCUGCAGUACAAAGUGGAGAAGGAGGGACGAAGUCUGGACCUGAGCCCCGGCCUGGUGGUCACACCUCUGACCCCUGCAACUUCCAGCUACUCCGGAUGCAAUCAAUCACAGUGACACAUGAACGCCUCAUUUUGUCCAUAUCGUCGUCAUCGUCGUCGUCGAUUGAAGUGGUCGUCACCCAGUCUGGUAGACAUGACGGACAAUCUCCAGUCUUCACUUAACCUCGACAUGCAUGUUUUUUGGACUGUACCACCCACACGAGCACAGGGAGAACAUAAAAACAUAUCCGGCCGACACCGCACCGUCUUGAUCUGGAUUUGGAUGGCUCUUUAUCCUCAUCUUUAUUCAUCAAUGACUUCAGCAGGGUUCUUUGGGGAGUACAAUCUUACUACCAAUACUUUUGUUUGGUUAUACACACAAAAAAAAGCUUAGAUGUAAUAGUUAACUAAUGUUAGCCUAAAUGUUCUGACUUUGUGACUAGACUAAACAUUUUUCUAACGUAUUGUUUGACUUGAGUGUUGUGCCUGUAAUGGUGAUUUUUAAAUGUGUAAAUAGUGGUUUUAUAUAGUGUAUAUUUGUCAAUAAUUAAACAUUGUGUACUGUUGUCCAAUUUGUUUUGUAAUAAACAGGUGAAAACCUGAAAUACCCCAGUAAUUUUAUUUGAAGCCCCUUUACCCUGGAAUAAUUUACUAGUAUACAAAAAAUCAUGAGCUCUGAUUUAUAAAUAUUUAUAAAACUGUCCGAUUAUUGUUACAAAAGUGAUACAUUGUUAGAAGGCAUGGAUGCGGCUUUUAACCAAACUACUGUGUUCCUCGUGCCUGUUUACGACCAAUUUACGACUUUUUUGUAGUGACUACGGCUUUUUUUCCUAGUGACUUUACGGCUUUUUUCUCAUCAAAUUACACAUUUACGCUCAUAAAUCUACCACUUUACUUUCAAAAUCUUACAUUGUU